CCAUGACUUACUUUUGCUCACUCUGUGCUCGUCAACAAGUAGAUACUUGUAGUUGUAAGGUUUUGUUGCCAUUAUUUUUUCACGGACACGAAAAACAACUGGAUACAGACGGUAGCAAACAGUCGUAAGUACCGUUUAUUUUCGAUUUUCAUUUCUGUAAGAUGGUAGUGCGUGGUGCAGAUGAAUAGCGAAAUGCCACAUGGAUUCAGACCAGAGCUACCCAUCUAAUUUAGAAAUCAAACUUAAAGCAAGUUGAAGCAGACGUAGGUAUACUCCACUAGUAUCUCAGUAUCAGUAGCAAAAGUUCUUGUUGUUUUCACAUCAACGUUUGUUCACGAAAUUGGUUGUCAACUUCUACAGCGUACCUUCAAUGAAGAUGAUUCGCGCAGCACGCACAGUUUGCCGAAAAAGAUAGAAGAGGACCCAGCACCACAACAAGCAUGACCACGAUAGUGCUCCUCUCCCCAUUCCUGCCCUCCACGCGGUGCGGCGGCAGAAUGGCAACGAUUCUCUACUGCUUGCUUUGGCUGGGCCUCGGGGACGGGGCGGUCGUCGACAUGGAAGGCGGGUCGUCUCGAGCAAAUGGGUCGACCGCUUUGUUACGCGGCAGUAAGGCCACAAGACGAGUAGAAGGUGAAACGGCAGCAAAUAGUGAUGAAGAAGGGAAGGCCGAGGAUCGUGGUGUUGAGCAGUCAGAGACAGCUCUCAACGCGGGGGCCGGAGCUGCAACUGCUGCAAGUAGCCCACCGCAGAAAUCCAGCGAGACGAGUGAGAAUCUGAAUCGAAACAAGCAAAGCAGCACGUCGGUGGAAUCGAUCCAAGCACAGAUCGAAAAAACCACCGUCAAGCGCCGGAACAAGAAGUUAGCAAAACAAGCAAAAGCGAGGACUGGUGGUGGAACUCUUCCUGAAGAAGACCCGGUAGAGCAGCUGAUUGGCGAUUUUGGACUGAUCGAUGUGCUUGCUGAAGACGUCGUCGACGAGGGAGAUGGCACUUUUUCGCGAAUAGCCGCCAGCUUCGUGCAGGAAGAGGAGGAGGCCUGGAGCCCGAAACCGCUCUGGCCAAUGAAUGCACGUAUUCUUUAUUUUCCUAAGUAGUACUUAACUGCCAACUUCGCCCCCUCGGGGUCGUGUUUAGACAGAAAGGAUCAAAAGAAUGCUAUGCUGAUUCGCGACGAGGACGACAGCACGACACAAUAAAUUAACCCCAACAUCAUCAAACCACUGCAGGCGACUGGAUUUCGUUCCUUCUCGUCAGUCUCGUCUCCGUUAUCGCGGCCUGCGGCGGCAUAGGCGGGGGUGCGUUGUUUGUACCGCUUUACAUGAUGGUGCUCCAGUUUCCCACCGCGAAUGCCAGCGCCCUGUCCAACGUGACAAUUUUCGGCGGCAGCAUUGCGAACCUGAUGUUCAACUUUUCCAAGAAGACGGACAAGGGUGACGCACUGAUCGACUGGAACAUCAUUUUAAUGAUGGAGCCCAGUACGAUUUUAGGCGCAGUGAUCGGGACGUUGAUCAACAAACUCGUGCCGGUGUUCGUGCUGCAGUGUUUGCUCUUUGUGCUGCUGUUGCUCAUGGGGCAGAACACCCUGGAGAAGGGACAGAAAAGAUGGCAGAAGGAGCGGGAGCGCAUCACGUUUGGGGCGAGAGGUAUAUCUGAAGUGGAAUCGUGAUGUUGAUAUGUUGCACCCUAGGUGUAGGUUUUGGUAUUUGUUUCUCGAACAACAACAAAUAUCAUUCUGCUAUGUUCGUACGUUUCGAUUAGAACAUCUUUUUCUUUGAAAAUAACCUUGCACUAUACGAAACAACAAAUCCACAUCCACUCCAGAAUUCCCAACUUUUUCAGCUGCCCCGAUGGUGGAAAACGCCGCGGCCACCCUGCCCCCUUCACCAACCGCCCUCCCCUCCUCUCGAGGGCUUGCCACACAGGGAACAAUACCAGAACCACAGGGGAGGAAUCCGAACCCGACAUCACAGCAGGACGACACAACCACCUGCUGGUCGCCUGAGUGCAAGGUAUUUUCCAGUAAGUAACAACUUCCACGCAGUAGACGCAGCUUCUUGCCCUUGGGUGGUAUGUGGAUGUUCAGCAUCAUGUGUUGCCUGCUAAUGCUGAAAAAAUGGCUUCUUUCUCUGUGUUUUUGUUACUUUUUGCGUGCGACGUCCUUCCUCGUCGUUCUAGAUAUUGUGGAGCAAUCGAGCGGAACGAUACAGCAAAACAAAACAAAAAACAAAAACUGCAGAAAUUCGUCUCUUUUCUCCCCCUCUACAUCGCCUGCCUCGUCCUGCAGAUUCUUCGUGGCGACGGGCACGAUUUCAAUCCUAUCGCAAAUUGCGGCACUCCCGGGUACUGGAUGGUAAUCCUGGCCAACAUUCCCGUGGUUCUGCUCGCGAUGUUCCUGUACCGGCGGCAGAUUCUGGCGGAGGUUUUUCAGCGCCACGUGCGGUCCAGUUUGUACUUUACCACGCCGGCCAUUCUGAGGAAGGACAAGGACGAGAUUGGUACAACUUCAGGGAGAGGAAACUCCACCGGAACUGGACCUCUGCCGAGUCUGACUGCAACCGGAACGACGGACCUUGGUAGUAGCUCCGGUCGUGUAACAUUAUCUUCGUCCACUGCGAGAGGUGCUGCAAAUCCAAAUGUGCUAGACUCUGCCUCCUCACCACGAAGUGUGUACAGCACAGACAGCACGCGAGUAGAUGGAUUUCAUCCCCUUGCAAACCAGACCACCUCGUCCUCUGUGCUUUCAAAUGCAAAUGACGCUCUUGAUACAACUAAUAUCCAGUCCUCUCGAGAUCGAAAGCAGCCACACAGUACCGCAACGACCCACGCCCCGGACCCGCUUUCCGCCUCCUGCGCGACGACCGGUAGUUCCACCACAGUGGACGAGCCUGGAGGAGCUCUGUUCAACCGACCGAAUUUAUCAAUAUCAUCCUCUUCAUCGCGCGCAACUGUUAACAACCCACUGCAAACGCCCCAGCUAAGCUCCUCCUCGUCUUCCUCGUCUACUUCAUCUUCGCAUGGCAGUAUCAAGUGGGACGAGCGGAAUACGGUUCUCUACCCGGCGGUGUGCACGGCCUCGGGCCUGAUGGCGGGCAUGUUCGGCAUUGGUGGCGGGAUCGUGAAGGGCCCGCUGAUGCUCGCGUUGGGCGUGGAACCCAACGUGGCCAGCGCCACGGCCGCGACGAUGAUAUUUUUCACCGCCAGUACGGCCUGCGUGUCCUUCACCCUCUUCGGCUACUACGCACUGGACUACGCCUUGUUCGCGUUUUUUCUGGGUUUUCUGUUCGCGGCGGUCGGGCAAGGCAUGAUCGCGCAGCUGUUUGCGGAGAGGCAGGCGCCGAUCAUUUUGUCAAUGGCCGUGAUUAUUCUGCUGUCCGCGUGCGCCGUGGCGGUGCAGGCGGGAGAAACGUUUUUGUACAAGGAGCACCUGUUCGAGUUCAACAACCUCUGUGAACCGGAGUAAGAAGAUCAACAGAUGCGGAUGUCGAAUACGUCUAAACGUUAAAGCCUAGAAAUUUUGAGCCAAUCGUCUCACCACCCAGACACACUCGGUGGACAUGUUGGCGCAGCAUGCUGGGCGGUUUAGACAGAGUCUGACCGCAAAGCGUUUCGUGACAGCAUCAUCAAGCGGGGGCAUCAUGGAGCAGUGCAGAUAAAUCUUCAAUCGCUUUUUUAGUUCCGACGCAACAAAACGACUACGACACUGAAGCAUUUCAACAUCAAUCUGUGCCUUCACAAUUUAUAAAUCUUUCAUAUGCUUUUCACCAGGACCAGGACCAGGAAGCAAAGGACGCACAAAAUGUUCAAUCGGGGAACCCACUCCACCGAAG